CCGCAGUGUCACGAUUUCCGCUUCCCUCCUUCAAAGAGGGGAAAAAAAAAAAAAUCCACGGCCAACCCCCUACCCCGAGCCUGAUUCCGAGCCCGGCUCCAGCCCAGCCCAGCCCAGCUCCAUCCCGCGCCCACCCCGCCCGCCGCCGCCGCCAUGGAGGACCCCGAGUCCGCGGGGGCCGCACCAACGCCCGGGCUGAGCUCGCUGCUCCCUUCCCGGGAGUUCCUGCGCUCCCGCAAGGGGCAGCUGCUGCUCGCAGAGUCGGUGCUGUCAUUUAUCAUCUUUAUCUGCUAUAUUGCAUCUCUAGCAGCUUCUUUCAUGAUGGCACCACUCCUAGAGUUUCUGCUGGCAUUGUUUCUUUUUUUUGCCUACGCCUCCAAGCUUAAUGAGAAGUUUAAAGGAGUCCACUGGCCUUUGACGGAUUUCUUGCGCUGUGUCACUGCUGCCAUUAUUUACUUUGCCAUUUCAAUUGCUGCUGUCUCAAAAUACAACGAUGGAGCAUCUAAAGCAGCAGGGGUGUUUGGGUUUGCAGCCACCAUCGUGUUUGCCAUUGAUUUCUACAUCACCUUCAAUGACCUGGUCACUUUCCUCAAGCAAGGCAGCUCCGAUUCCCCUGAUUCCCCCGAGGGGCGCAAAACAGAAGAUGAGGACUCCGACUCUGACUCAGACUGAAGAACCAAACACCAACCAAGCGUGAAGGGAAGAUGAUCAAGCACUUUCCUCUUUGCUGAAUGCACUGCCAACUAAAAUACCCCCUCAUUUCAGCCCCUUUCCACCUCACUGUUUAUGGAAUCACCAGAGCACAGACAGGGCAGUGAUGUGGAAAAGGAGACUACUCCCAGUGCCAUUGAACACUCCUUGGCAACUACAGAUCCUACAGCAGAUCUGUCCAAACAACACAGCUCAAUUCUCUGUUGCCCCUCCCCACUCAGCACAUCCAUGUCCUGAGUAAAUUGGAGCAGCAUUUUUAACAAGCUUUUAAUGUGCUUUCAUAAUUCCAAACCUGUAACACUUAGAGCUUUUAUACUUCUUGAUGUGCCAAAGAGGAGAGGUUUGGAUGCCUCUGUUUGUAUUUUUCUUGAUUAACUAACAGUAUUUCUUUAUCCAAAGUCUGAAUACUCCCAAGCACUGAAGGCAUGGAUUACUGUUAACACGUUGGUUUCAAUACCUUUGUAUCUCGUAUCUAUCUGUGACAAGGAAAAGUGACAACUGGAAAUCUGCAGCAAGAGCAAACCUCAAAGUAUAACGGUGCUGCAGGGCAGCUGGCUCAUCAAACAUUCUGUAUCCCUUGUUUUAAGCUGCUUGGAUGGAGUCACAUCCCCUCUGCUGAAAUUUGACCACAGGAUGGGGUGGAACAGGUGAGGCAGCUCUGGGCAGCCCUGUCCUGUUUUUGUGGAAGCCCUGGGAGUGUUUGCACAGCCAGGGAAGGCAGGCUUGGCAAAUACCUCCCAGCAGGACCUGCCUGGUGAAACCUGCAGGUGUUUGUGCCCCAGGCACCAGUGCUGAUGUCCCGCUCUGUGCCACAGGCCACUGGUGCUGCCACACUGAAUGCACCCAGGCCCCAGGAGGGCAGUGCCUCCUCCCCACUGUGAAAAGGCCAAGAAACCAACCCCAAACUACAAAAUGCCCACAAUGACUUCAUCUCCCCAGCCCCCUUUUUUUCAGGGUGGGUGGGGUGGGUUGAGUAGGUUUUUUGCCCCUGGAAGGAUGUGAUUCAUCUUGUGGUGUUGUAUUCCAGGGAAAAAGCCCUCUGAAUUUACAAGCUGUUUUCACAGGUAGCACAACCUACCUUGGAAUAUCUGUAUCCAUUUAUAAACACUUGGGAAUGUUUGGGAAGAGCAUGGCAUGCUCCUCACAGGUGGCAUCAGACAGGUCUGUGGCAAAGAAACCUGUAUGGAUGUUUUAAAAAUGAAUACAGUACCAGAACAGGUAUGAUUAAAAUGAGAGCAGAUGGUACUAACAAAGUAAGUGAAAAACAGGGAUGAAACAAUAAGGCAGAUUUCCUUUGGAAUAAAAUCAGCACCUGGGUUCCAGUUCCUGGAACUGCCAGCAGGACAUGGGAGCUGGCAGGGACCAGGGGGUGCUGGUCAGGCUCAGAGUUGUCCAGCAGGCAGCUCCUACAUCUCCUGCUUCCUGACCACUGACAGAGUAAAUACAAAAACAAGUGCUUGCUUCUAAAUGGGACAGACAAUAUCUGAUUUAUGAGAAAGAUUUCUUUGGACCUUUUCUUGUACAAAAUCCUGUGUUUCUUUUCCUUCUCUUGUCAUUUUACUGCCACACACUGUGAUGUUCAGGGGACCUGGGUUCAUUUUUAUACUUGUUUUGCAUUUCUCUUUUUUUUUUUUUUUUAAGUAAAAAAUGUACUGCAUGUCACAGCUGGAGACAUGGUUAAUAUUUAGAAACCAUGCUGGAUUAAACUUCUUUUAAUAGAA